ACCGAACCUAUCCAGAACCUUUCAUUUUCCUACUGCCCACCAUCCCCUGGGGCUCAGCGGUCACCAGCUUCCAGAACCAGCUACCCCCAGCAUCCCGGACCAACCCCCUCUCUGAUGCCUCCGGUACCAUGAGUUCCUCGUCCCAGAUCUGCCAGAACUACUCCCCCGAAGCUGAGGCCACUGUCAACCGCCUGGCCAACCUCUUCCUGCAGGCCUCCUACACCUACCUGUCCCUGGGUUUCUAUUUCGACCAAGACGAUGUCGCCCUAGUCAAAAUGUCGAGCUUUUUCCGGGAACUGUCCCGGGAGAAGGGCGAAGCACCUGAGCGCCUCCUCUGCCUCCAGAACCAACAUGGAGGCCACGUGUACCUCCAAGCUGUGGUGAAACCUGCCCAAGACGAAUGGGGCGGCAGCAGAGACGCCAUUGAGUCCGCCCUCAACCUGGAAAAGGGCCUGAACCAGACCCUCCUGAAACUGCACGCCCUGGCUUCCAGCCAGGGGGAUCCUCACCUCUGCAACUUCUUGGAAAGCCACUACCUGGAGGAGGAAGCUAAGCUGCUGAAGCGUUUGGGUGACCACCUGACCUCCCUGGGCCAUGUGCAAAACCAGGACCACCGGGGCCACCUGAGAGAGUACCAGUUCGAGAGACUGAGCCUGAAGGACGACUAGGGAGUGGGAUUAAGCAAAGAGGCGCAGUGCCCCCAAAUAAAACUCAUUAGCUUGCCCUCAGUGGGGCGCC